GGCAGAUCUUGGGUCGCUUUGGGAAUACCAUUUCGGCCGGAUAUGGGAAUUUCAUGGCGUUUGGUAAGAAGGGUGGAGUGUAGCUGCUGCUUCUUCUACGUUCUUUCUUUCGUUCUUCCUUCACUCUUGGGUGGGUUGAGAAACAGUGCUUGGUCGACAAGAUGUAUUCUCCUCUUCGGAACACCGUUUGGCCUACCGCCUUAGCCCUCCUCCUCAGCACAGCAAUAUUCCAACGCGCAACCGCAACCGUCGGCGUACUAGACAUCGACGACCUGCUGCACACCAAAGACCAACAAACCUUCUCCUCAGACGACUCAGACUCCCCCUGGUCACACGACCCGCACUGCACCGUCUCCACAAGCCUCAGCACCCUCGGCCGCAAAUACUGCGUCUACACCUCCAACUUCACAGGCCCCACCGGCAUCUCCAUCAUCACCACGCCCAGAAUCGCCGCUGCGGCUGCCCCGCUGCUCGACGAUAACCCGCUCGACAACUUCCUCACGCCCGCGCAGGCCGAGGCACUGUACUUCAACGCGCCGCCAUACAAGGUCGUCGAUGUGCCGGAGAAGGGCGGCAAGGGCGUUGUAGCGACGCGGAAGAUUCGCAAGUUUGAGACGUUUAUGGUGGACCAGGCGAGCGUGGUGGUGGAUAUGAGUCUAGAGCGGGCGGUUUCGAGGGAAGAGAAUUGGAGCUUGUUGCGGGUGGCGGUGGAGAGGCUGCGGAAGCCGGGUGUGGUGCGGGAGUUGAGUGCGAAGCAUGCUGAUGGGAGGGAGGAGGAGGAGGACGAGGGCGAGGAAGAGCUGCUGGGCAGGCUGGAGGAGGAUGUCAUGAUGACGAAUGCGUUUGGGAGCCAGAUUGCGGAGACGAAGUUUCGGGCGCUGUAUCCGCUUGUUUCGCGCAUCAACCACGCCUGUCAUCCCAACGCCUUCGUCCUGUUCUCCCGCGCGGGCAUCUCCAUGGCCGUAAAAGCCUACCGGGACAUCGAGCCCGGGGAAGAAAUAAGCAUAUCCUACGUAACACUCGGGCAGCCCUAUCCGAGGCGCCACGACGCACUCAAGCGCUGGGGCUUCACCUGCACCUGCGCGCUCUGCUCUCUCCCCACGCAAGAGAAAACCGCAUCCGACGUCCGGCGCUCCCUGAUCGCACAAGCCGAGACGAAAAUCAUCGAGUUCUGGCAAGCGGGGAAGCCCACCGAGGCGAUCGACCUCACGCACGAAGCUAUCGAGAUCAUAAAGGACGAGGGGCUCGAGCACUUGCUUACAGACGAGUAUGCGCUGCUGGCGAAGCUGUAUUUGUUGAUCGGGGAGCGCGAGAAGGCGGAGCAUUAUGGGAGGAUGAGUUUCGAUUUGCUCGCUGAUAUGGGGUUUUUGGGGCAUGAUGUCGAUAGGCAGCGGGUGGAGUUGGAUAUUGAGAACUUUUUGGAGAUGGUGGGGGAUGGGAUGAGGGAGGUGAGGGGGACGUAUGUGCAGGAGGCUGAGGAUGAAGAGGUGUGAUGAGGUGGAAGUAAGGGGGUUGACAGUGGGAAUAGAACAAUUGGAGUUACUGGCGUGCAAGUACAGGAAUAU